GCUCUUUCCGUUGGAGAUAUUUUAAGAGUCUUCUCUUUAGCAUGAUGGUAAUUAUGGCACAGAUGCUAAGAAAAUCAUUUUUCAUUAUAAUGUCGACAUUUGUAUUUUACCUCCAGAAAGUUGAAAGCCGUACCAAAUUAGCAAGGAAUUAGCAGUAGAGCACCAUUAGUAGUCUAGUAAAUUUGGCAAGCAAGCAAGCAGGCAUGGCUUGGGAAUUGAUGUAUUGGCUCAUCUGCUUCUGCGUCGACCUUGCCCUCUUCGCCUCCAGCCUUUACCAGUAUGUGAUGUUAACAGACUUGGAGGCUGACUAUAUCAACCCGUACGAACUAUCAAAUCGCAUCAAUCAAUUGGUUGUCCCUGAGUUCAUAUUGCACAUUGUGUUCUGUGCAUUUUUCCUCUUGGCUCGGCGUUGGUUCAUGUUCCUCGUUACAGUCCCUCUUACUAGCUAUAUUGUCAUGUUGUUUGUAAAACAGCAGCAUCUUAUUGAUGUUACUGAAGUGUUCAGGGUUCUUAAUACUGAGAAGAAGUGCAGGCUUGUCAAACUUGGCUUCUACUUUUGCCUUCUCGCUGUAAUCAUCAUCAGGCUUACCUUAGCUGCUUUCAACUCUUUGACUAGUGAAGAACAUGCUGUGAUAUUUUGAUUACUCACUGCUUGACAGUAUGAUAGCAGAUAGCCGCUCAUUGUAAGUUUGUUUUCUAUCUGUACUACUGAAGGAUGAAUCAUAGCUCAGGGGAUAUAGAAAUUUAGAGGUUCAAUGGGUAGAAUGAAUGAUUCAGUGGACAAUCGUACCCUUUUGUUGUUUUGAUAUCUGAAGUAUUCCCGUUGACUGAUAAGCAUGGGGAGUCCGUGUAGAUUGUACCUUUGUAUUCGGAGGAUUAACGGUGUAGUUGUUAGUUUGUCUUGGAAGUGAGUUAAUCGUGUCCGUGGUAUGUCA